AUGGAUAGACGCCCACCGUUCUCUCUCACCCAAAAUUCCUCUAUCACAUUGGGAACUAAGAGAGGGUUCAUAGCCUCAAACACCACCACCAUCACCACCACCAACAAUGGUGGGAUCCUCUCUCAAAAUUUAAGAGAGAAUCCUAUCAAAAAACCGAGGGGUAGACCUAAGGGCUCAAAGAAUAGGCCAAAACCACCGGUUAUUAUUAAGGAGAAUAAUGAAACUCUCAUGGAAUCGAUUCUCAUCGAGAUCCCUCCUGGAAGAGACAUCGUAGAGCCUCUCAUCAAGUUGGCUUUGUCUCGUCAAGCUCGAAUCAUUGUGUUGAGUGGUUCUGGUCUUGUCUCGGAGGUCAGUUUUCUCCACCCAGUAACCCGUGCUUCGGGUAUCCCCCUCGAAGGAGUGUUUCGUAUGACAUCUUUCUAUGGAACUUUUGCCAGUGCCAACACUGAUCGCUUUCGUCCACAGUUCACGAGCCCGAAUUCACCGAAUUCUCAUUUCUCGAUUUUCCUUUGUGGCAAUCAAGGAAAAGUGUUUGGUGGAGUUGUUGGUGGGAGGGUUAUAGCUGCUGGGGCUGUUUUGAUUUCUGCCGCUCUUGUUAAGAAUCCUACAUUUGAUAGGUUGGGCAUCAAUGCAACAUUAGGCUAA